AUGCGCGAUCACCUCCAAGAAGAAAAAUGGACCGAGACUCGCCACAAGGCUGGUCGGUACAAGAAACCUGAGCAGGUUUGGGACCACGAGAGCUUGACAUUCGCCGGCGUCCAGAAUUACUGCGAGGAUAACACUAAGGAGGGCCGUCACAAGCGACCGCCUAUUCCCAAUGUCCGUUUUGCGUUGCUAGCAGUUGAUGUCGUGGUCUUUCCCUCUGGUGAUGACGAGCUAGAUCUGACUCGAUGUGUCAAGGCAGCUGCCGCUAACGAGGACUUGCCCCUAAUGUUUCCACGCGACUAUGGCUUCCUCACGCGGCUCUUAGGCGGUCCCCAAUCUGUGCACCCUGAUCAUCGAGAUCGCGAACUCUUUAACCGCUGGAGGCAGGUUAGCUGGGUCGAGACGCCUUCUGAGCACCAGGCCAAUACUUCCCAGGAAAUUACCUACUACAAGUUUACGGCGGCGCAGAAGGCGGCGACCGAGAAGUAUCUUCAAAAAUAUGCUCUUACUGAGCAGUCUGCUCUUGAAGCUGCCCAUGACCCUGUGGAUAUGCCAAUUCAAGAUCCUCAUGGCUUCGACAUUCCCUCCGCCAGUGGCAAUCAGUCGCCCAACAACUCUCUUCUAGUCGCCCUGCCUAUAAACAAUUCCACCGUCGGCUUGGUGCGCAUCCUGUCUGAGAUGGAUGAGAACGACAUGAACAUGCUGUACGUCAAGUGGCUCGUCGCUCACGGAACUUCUUAUUUUGAAACCAGUAAAGAGAUGACAAGUACCUCUGAAGUUGUGCGUCGUUAUCUCGAGCAUAAUCGCAGUAUCCAUGGCCCAUUACCACCCAUUUCAAAUGAAGCCUCCGUUAUGGUGCCUUCUUCUGGCGCUCUCAACAAUGAGAUUCUCGGUGCUAGCUAUGGAUCAUGGCCUUCGUCUCCGAUGAAUUGGCAUGUCACUCACUACGACCACCCAACUACGCUUUUUGAUGUUAACCGGAUUGACAUCGAGAUGAUGAGGUCUUCUAGCCAUGAGAUUACUGGUUAUAUCGGCCCAGAACACGGUAUGAGGUCUCCUCGAGUUGGCUCGGAACACACCGACUUUGAUUCAUUGGACGACGUCGGUUGCGCUUUCGCACAAGAGACACUUUGA